UUUGUUUUGAUUAAUUGAUUGUGUUUGCAAUUGUUUAAGAUAAUUUUCUCUUUUUCUUUUCAUUUUUCAUGUAUUGUUCAGUUGUUCGUAAUCUCAUCUUUCUGUUCAUUUAUUGUCUCAACUUUAGUUAACUAAUCUAUUGCCAUCUAUUGGGAUUUGGUUCAUAGGAAGAAAGAGAUUUCAAAAGUUCAAAAUGAUUAGAGAUGGGAAAGAAUUACCUCAACAAAUAUGUCCGACUCCAGGAUGUGAUGGAAUGGGACAUAUUUCUGGAAGACAUGCAACACAUAGAAGUCUAAGUGGAUGUCCUCGUGCUGCUAAAUCUCAAGCUCAACAUGUCGAACUCAAGUGUCCAACACCGGGUUGUGAUGGAUCUGGUCACAUAACCGGCAAACAUUCCUCCCACCGUAGUCUAUCGGGGUGUCCGAGAGCAGACAAACCAAAGAAAUCUUCCUUGAUUAGAAAAGCCAUUGUUGAAGAAAAAACUGUAGAGAAUGAUAAGAUAGAAGGAACCAUCGAAGAAGAGAACGUUGUGGCGGAAAAUGUUCUAGAAGAUGAAGAAGAAGAAAGUGCAGAGGAAAAUAUUGCAGAAAGAGAAAAUUUGGAAGUAAAAGCAAAUUUGGAAGAACCAAAAGUUGUUCACAAUAUUCGUCCAACAAUAAGCUCUGACAAUUCUGAACAGAACAUUGUAAAGAAAGAUAAUUCCUGGAAUCCAAUUUUUAUUAUUUUAAUUGCCGCUAUUGGCCUAUUAAUAGCAGUCUCUUUCACGAUGACACAAACUGCGAAAAAUCCACAAAAUGACAGAUUAAAACGAUGGGAAACAUCCUUUUCUGAUCUGGUUUCCAGAUGUGGAUCAGCUUUACCAAAUUUAAGCCAAAAAGUGAUAAAUAAAAGUGUCCGAACGAUUCUAGAGAGAACUGUUCCUUCUGAAAAGUACAAUAACAUCGAACCUGCCGUUAUCUUACUCGUUGGAUCUAACCAGAACUCUCAAGCAGUUAAAUGUCUUUCUCUUGGUUUAUCACAAUCAAUUGCAACAAUUUUCGAAGAAGAUCAAUCGCCAAUCAUCAAUGCUGAUAAUUUAUCUAAACUUGAUCUUCAUAAUGAACUUCAUAAAGUAUUGGGAUCCAAACAGUUACAUUCUGUCGUUCUUGAUGGAAUCGAGCGUCUAGAUGGAAAUGCCGCUUUGUCUUUACAUCCUUUUACCGAUCACGACAAAGCUCUUUAUCUUGAUGUUAUCAUAGUUUUAACCGCAUACACGGACACUCGUAUUACUAAUACAAGUUUACAAGUACAACAAAUUGACCAAAUUGCCAACAAUCUGCUUGAAUUUUCUUGGGGCACAAUUUUACCCUCUGAACAAGUCGCUGGAUUAUUGAGUAGGGUGACAUCAAGUGUAGCAAUAGUUUCGGACACAAGUGAAUAAAAAUUUUCUAUUUAUUUGUCAA